AAAGACUCUUGAGCUUUAGAAUCCUCAUUGAUUGAUUGAUUGAUUCAUCGAUUCGAAAACUGAUUCUCAUCUUCGGGAUUGAUUUCAAUUCCUUUCUUUCCAUGGCGCUUCAUGGGUGUGGAUUCUUAUGCAAAGUUUCAAACACAGUAGCGAGCACUUCUCUGCUUGGUGGUUCGACGAGGCUGCUUCACUUGCCCAAGUCUUAUCCCAUUCACUGCAACGUGGCUUUUUCACCGAGCAGUACAUUCGGGUUAGGUCCUCUCAAGCUGCACAACAGAGGCUUUCGUCUAAGGCCAUGUCGAGUCAAACGGGAAGAGAACAACCAAACCGCUGAUGUUAAAAGCAUAUCAUUGGAUGAGAACACGUUGAAGCAAGAUCUGGAGAGUGCGAUCCAGGACGAGAACUACGUGGAAGCAGCUAGGAUCCGGGACAGAUUAAAAGAGCUUCAAGAAGACAGCAGAGCUUCUGUUCUGUCUGCCAACACUCGGUUCUACCAAGCUUUCAGAAACGGGGAUUUGGCUGCGAUGCAAUCUUUAUGGUCCAAAUCAGGAAAGCCCUGCUGUGUCCAUCCAGGAGCUAAAGGGAUAACUGGGUACGACGACGUGGUGGAAAGCUGGGAAGUUGUGUGGAUGAACUACGAGUUUCCGUUACUGAUCGAGCUGAAAGAUGUUGAGGUUCAUGUCCGUGGGGAAGUAGGGUAUGUAACGUGUAUGGAGUUUGUGAAGACGAAAGGGAGUAGUAGCUGGGGAGCUCAGUUUGUGUCUAAUGUGUUUGAAAAGAUCGAUGGGGAAUGGUUUAUAUGCAUUCACCAUGCUUCUCCUGUUGAUAUUUGAUCCUAAGAACCAGAGAAAUGGCCGUGGGAUAUAGAUUGGGGGUUGCUGAAAUGAGAUGAAGGGCUGUUCUGUUUUUUUAUCUUUGCGGUUGGGUGAUUGAGACCAAAGCAUUAGAGGGAAACAAGAAGACGCAUAAGUUCUGACGUUUGAUGUUGUUGUCUUUGUAAUCUGUACUAGAGUGAGACCCGCGCGCAUGCGCGGGGUGAAAAAAAUUCAAUGUAAAUAAGUAAGAUUUCUAUAUAUA